GACCACGGGACAACCUAACCCCCCUUCGAAACAAGUGUCAGCAAGUGUUCGAUAGACACAAACAAAUACAGUACUCUGAACACACUGCCUCCAUGACAGAGUUAUCAUUCUCAUUGCGCUUGAGAUCCAAAAAGUCUUUUGCGUGUGGGGUGAAGUGCUGAAUUUUGUUAACCUGCCCAAUCCGAUUUCCGGAAAGACCCCCAAAGAGAACACACCCACCCUGAGCAAAGUUGUGUUGUCCGCCAUUGUAUGUGUGAAGUGUAAUGUGCCUGAACUUUUUAGAAUUAUAUUAUAUGAACUACGUAACUUUGAAGAUAUUCCUUGAUAUUGUGCUCAAGAAUUUAAGGUGUCAUUAUUGAAGAAGUACUUUCCACAACAUUCGAAGCAAAGUGUGAAAAAUAGGUGAUGUCCGCAGGCGUAUCAGAUCAGCGGAUGAAAGGACAAGGGAAUCAAGUUACAAAUGGGCCUAAGGAGCACGUGAAUGAACAUGAAGACUUUGAUUCAUGGAGGCCUCAACAUCAUCAGGGAUACAACUCAACUCCAAUCUCAACAACAUCAAUGGGAUCGGCAGAUCCUUAUAUGCCCAAUUUUUAUGGCACUUCAACAUUUCCAUACCAAGCCUUUGGAGUAGGAGAUGGAACAUGGUCAAAUGGAGAUGCACAGAUGCCCUUCAUGGGGGGCUACACAGGACAGAUGGCCCACGAUUCUUAUGGAAUGGAUGGCAUGUUCAGCACAGGCGGAACAGGUUUCAAUACAACGUUUGGUCAGCCAGGCUUUAACUAUUUCCAUAGCAAUGGAGACUUUUCAACUUGGGGCAACUCUGCUGGGGCUAUGCCUCGAAAAGCUCACUAUGAUGACUAUUAUCGCAGCGAGAUAGCCUAUGGUGCAAAUGUAGAUGUAAAAGCUGUAGAACAUGGAAUGCAAGGGCUGGGCCUGGGCGAUGUUAAAGUACCUGAUCAUAAAGAUCACUUAAAAUCUCAACCUCAGGAUCUUAUCCCAAAAGAAAGUCAGCCUCAGCAGUCAGCACCUAAAAAAAUGACAUGGGCCUCAAUUGCAAGUCAACCUGCCAAGCCUCAGCCAGCUGUCCAAAGUGGAGGCCUAAAGAAGAAAGGACCUGGCAUGCCUCCCCCACCUAUGAUUCCAGGGAAGCACAAUAUGGACAUAGGAACAUGGGAAGGCAAGAAUGGAGCCUCUGCACCCCCUAAAGCUCCCGUGGCACCACCCCCAGCCGCUGUGCGGCCGUCAUGGGGUGGCCCUGGCGGCCCUGGCGGCCCCGGGGGCCCUGCUACUCACGGGGGUCACGCUGGGCAUGGUGGGCAUGGUGGUCCAGUUCGUGGUGGUCCACCAAGGCCUGGGGGUCCUCCAGGACCUGGAACGUAUGCCCAUGCUCAUGGACAUGCACAUGCGCCUGUACCAGCCCAUCCCCACCCAGUUGCUAUUCUUCAUCACCCUAUCCCACAGCAAGGACCGCCUCAGCAUCACAUGGCCCCUCAACAGGCCUCCAUGCCCAACAUGCCUCAACAUACACAUGCUUCGGUGCCUGCCCCCAACCAUCCUGUGCUUGAUGAACUGCGUGUCAAAAACAAUUAUAACCCUUCGGACUACGAUCUAUCAGCUAAAGGUGCAAGGUUUUUCGUCAUUAAGUCUUAUUCUGAAGAUGAUAUUCAUCGGUCAAUUAAGUACGAAAUUUGGUGUUCUACUGAACAUGGAAAUAAACGUUUGGAUGAAGCGUAUCGUGAAAGGGAAGCAGAGGGGGGCAUUGUUUUACUAUUCUUCUCAGUGAACGGCUCUGGUCAUUUUUGUGGUAUGGCACAAAUGAUUUCGCCGUUGGACUACAAUGCUUCCAGUUCUGUGUGGUCCCAAGACAAGUGGAAAGGACAGUUUGGGGUACGCUGGAUCUAUGUGAAAGACGUUCCUAAUGUCCAGUUACGCCAUAUCCGUCUCGAAAAUAAUGAGAACAAGCCAGUGACCAACUCUCGUGAUACCCAGGAAGUGCCGUUUGAAAAGGGGAGGCAAGUUUUACGUAUCAUGAACACGUACCGACAUUCAACUUCUAUCUUUGAUGACUUUGUGCAUUAUGAGAAAAGACAGGAGGAGGAGGACUCUCGCAAAGUUAUGCCUCCUAGUUCAGGUGUGUCUCCUCAAGGCCAUGGACAUGGUGGACAUGGUGGUCACGGUGGGCAUGGACAUGGUCACGCGCACGGUCACGGCCAUGGCCAUGGUCAAGACCGGGAGCGGGAUCAUGGCCGUGAGAGGGACCACGGCCGUGACAGGGAUCAUGGCCGUGAGAGGGACUCUGACCGUGACCGUGAUCGCGGGGAUCGUGGUGAGAGAGGUGACCGUGGUGACAGAGGUGACCGUGAUCGCGGUGACCGAGGUGACCGCGGGGAUCGUGGUGACCGAGUUGACCGUGGGGAUCGUGGCGACCGAGGAGACCGCCGCGAUCGUGGUGAUCGUGGUGAUCGAGGGCGUGACAGAGAUGACCGUGAUCGACAUGGGGACAGAGACGGGCGCGACGGCCGGGGACCACCGCAUCAUCACAAGGAUCGUGGUGGGGACCAUCAUGGUGGUAGGGGUCGUGGAGGUGGUGGGAGAUCAGGCAGAAAUUGAGGACUGGUAUUGCUGUGUGUCUGGUGUUACAAAAGAGCAAGCUAGUGAAUAUCCCAUCACACAUCAGCUUGCUCAUAAUCAUGAAUUAAUCCACAAUGAAUAUACCUGUCGGUCUAAUAACAAUAAUUAUUAUAACUAUUAG